GACCCACCCAUAAUAAUCCUAAUUAAAUAAAUAGUAAGAGAUUUUUAAAUAUAAUUACCUUCGGUUCGCCCCCUUCUGGAGUGAUCUUCUUGUUCCCUUACUUUCCCCUCAUAUCUUUCAACUACUCUUACCUUUUGGUCGAGGUAGGGCCACUAUCACCUUUGAACAUCUACAUAUCUGCGUGGUCGUAUCUACGUGGUGGUGGUGGUCCAUAUCUGUCUGACCCGCCAUCGUUGAAGGGCGUAGUACGCCUUUCACCCUCUUCUUGCCACCAUGUCGCUGAUCGGAAACUUCAAUCAAAACUUGAAUCCUCGCCGCGGAGUUGAGAGCCAAGGACGUCCGGUUUCCGACUUCAACACGCAUCCAGAACCCGGACACGAUCGCACCGAAAGUGUGGAAACAGACGAGACCGUGUUGGAAGAAAAGGACCAGCCAGACGAAAUUGGUAAUGAGGAGAAGGUCGAGCGGCGCGUCUCGCGCCUGGCUCGUAUUCUGACGCGUCAGUCCACGAGGCAUUCCGUCGGUCCUGGAGAAAACACCUUCCUCGAAGCGAAGAAUGAGGCUCUGGACCCUAAUAGCCCAAACUUCAGCUCUAAAGCUUGGAUUAAGAAUUUGCUGGCUCUGCAAUCGCGCGACCCAGAAAGAUAUCCCGAACGGACGGCUGGUGUGCUGUUUAAGGACCUCAGUGUCCAUGGAUACGGCACUCCAACGGAUUACCAGAAAGAUGUUGCCAACGUGCUCCUAGAAGUUGGCACCGUUUUCCGCUGGAUCAUGGGCACUGGCAAACAGAAGAUUCAAAUUCUGCGGAACUUUGAUGGUUUGGUAAAGAGUGGCGAGAUGUUGGUCGUUCUCGGCCGCCCAGGAAGUGGCUGUACAACCUUACUGAAGACUAUUGCGGGUGAAAUGAAUGGAAUUUACAUGGAUGAAGGCUCUCACAUGAAUUAUCAAGGUAUCCCCGCCAAGCAAAUGUAUAGUCAAUUCCGUGGUGAAGCCAUCUACACAGCCGAGACGGACGUACAUUUCCCCCAAUUGUCUGUUGGUGACACGCUUACCUUCGCCGCUCUUGCUCGUUCCCCAAGGAAUCGGAUCCCCGGCGUCAGCAGAGAACAGUAUGCGGAACAUAUGAGAGAUGUCGUAAUGGCAAUGUUGGGUCUGUCCCAUACCAUUAAUACUCGGGUCGGUAAUGAUUUCAUUCGCGGCGUCAGCGGUGGUGAAAGGAAGCGUGUCAGUAUUGCAGAAGCUACACUAAGUGGCUCCCCAAUCCAGUGCUGGGACAACAGUACGCGAGGAUUGGACAGUUCCAAUGCUCUGGAAUUCUGCAGAACUUUGAGAUUGAUGUCCCAAUAUACUGGCACGGUAGCCAAUGUAGCUAUCUACCAGGCUUCUCAAAGCGCCUACGAUGUUUUUGACAAGGUGACUGUCCUAUAUGAAGGACGACAGAUCUACUUCGGCCCCACAAACGAGGCGAAGGAGUUUUUCGUGAACAUGGGCUUCGAAUGCCCUGAACGCCAGACCACGGCCGAUUUCCUCACCUCUCUCACCAGCCCCACCGAGCGUAUUGUGAGGCCCGGUUACGAGACGGUGGUUCCCAGGACACCGGACGAAUUUGCGGCUGCUUGGAAACGGAGCGAGAGUUACGCGAAGCUGCGCGCAGAGAUGGAAGAGUACGAACAGGCACAUCCGAUUGGUGGUGCAUCUGUCAAGAAGUUUGCCGAAUCUCGCGCAGCAAUGAAGUCAAAGUCACAGCGCGCGAAAUCCCCCUACACAAUUUCUGUUAAUCAGCAAGUUAAGCUCUGCACAAUCCGAGGAUUCCAGCGCUUAAAGGGUGAUGCUAGUUUGACACUGAGUCAGCUAAUUGGAAACUUUAUCAUGUCCUUAAUUAUCGCCAGUAUUUUCUACAAUAUCCCUGAGACCACCAGCAGUUUCUUCCAACGGGGUGCCUUGCUUUUCUUUGCUGUCCUGCUCAACGCUUUUAGCAGUGCUCUUGAGAUCUUAACUCUCUAUGCCCAACGCCCGAUCGUGGAAAAGCACGCGCGUUAUGCCUUCUACCACCCAUUUUCAGAAGCAAUAGCCUCAAUGCUGUGCGAUGUUCCGUACAAGCUCCUGAAUUCUGUCACCUUCAACAUCCCACUUUACUUCAUGACGAAUCUCCGUCGUGAGCCUGGGGCCUACUUUACCUUCUGGCUCUUUUCUCUUGUGACCACCUUCACAAUGUCCAUGCUUUUCCGUACGAUAGCUGCAGCAUCUCGAACGCUGUCUCAGGCCCUGGUUCCCGCAGCUGUUCUUAUCCUGGCUUUGGUCAUUUACACGGGAUUUGCACUUCCUAUUCGGAGUAUGCUGGGCUGGUCACGAUGGAUUAACUAUCUUGACCCGAUCGCGUAUGCUUUCGAAAGUUUUAUGGUGAACGAAUUCCACGGCAGGCGCUUUAAUUGCACACAGCAGGUUUUCCCCCAGGGCAAGAGCUACACAAACCCAGACUACCAAGUCUGCACAACGGUGGGCUCAAAACAAGGUUAUUCAUAUGUCAAUGGUACCGAAUAUCUGAGCAAGAGCUUCCAGUAUGAACACUCCCAUAAAUGGAGAAAUCUGGGUAUCAUGUUUGCUUUCAUGGCUUUCUUCUGCUUCACAUACCUUGCGGCUACCGAAUACAUCUCCGAGGCUAAGUCAAAGGGUGAAGUGCUACUUUUCCGUCGCGGCCAUAGUCCUCCAGCUAGUGGUAAUGCGUCUGAUGAGGAGACAGGUGGCCAGACAACCGUCGCGGAUAAGGGGCAUGAUUCCGGGGAGAACGAGGCGCCUGUGGCUAAUAUUCACAGGCAGACGGCUAUUUUCCACUGGCAGGAUGUUUGCUAUGAUAUUAAGAUUAAGAGCGAACACCGGCGUAUCCUCGAUCAUGUCGAUGGUUGGGUCAAACCUGGAACGUGCACUGCUUUGAUGGGUGUUUCUGGUGCUGGAAAAACAACUCUUCUUGAUGUCCUUGCCACCCGUGUAACUAUGGGUGUCGUGACUGGUGAGAUGUUGGUAGAUGGCCGACCGCGCGAUCAGUCCUUUCAACGGAAAACAGGUUAUGUUCAGCAGCAGGAUCUUCACCUCCACACUACGACAGUUCGGGAAGCACUCCGCUUCAGCGCCAUGCUUCGUCAACCCGCCCAUGUGAGUCGCAAGGAGAAAUACGAGUAUGUUGAGGAGGUGAUCAAGCUCCUGGGAAUGGAAGCAUAUGCGGGCGCUGUUGUCGGUGUGCCUGGCGAAGGUCUCAAUGUUGAGCAGCGCAAGCGUCUUACCAUCGGCGUUGAACUCGCAGCGAAGCCACAACUGCUACUCUUUUUGGAUGAACCUACGUCCGGUCUUGACAGCCAAACUUCUUGGUCUAUCCUCAACUUGAUUGAUACCCUUACUGCCCAUGGUCAAGCGAUUCUCUGCACCAUUCAUCAGCCGUCUGCUAUGUUAUUCCAGCGGUUUGACCGUCUACUGUUCCUCGCUAAGGGAGGCAAGACCGUCUAUUUUGGAGACAUCGGAGAACGGUCAUCUAUCCUUGCCGAUUAUUUUGAAAGGAAUGGUGCCCCAAAGCUUCCAGAGGAUGCCAAUCCCGCUGAAUGGAUGCUAGAGGUUAUUGGUGCCGCACCCGGGUCCCAUAGCGACAUUGACUGGCCUGCAGUUUGGCGAGAUAGUCCUGAACACAAAGCGGUGCUUGAUCAUUUGGCCGAAUUGAAACAGACGCUUUCACAGAAACCCGUCGAGGAAUCCGAUCCCUCUAGCUAUCGAGAGUUUGCCGCCCCAUUUGGUUUACAGCUGUACGAGUGCACAGUUCGUGUAUUCUCUCAAUAUUGGCGGUCCCCAACGUAUAUCUACUCCAAGGCGGCCCUCUGCAUUUUCUCGGCACUCUUCAUCGGUUUCACCUUGUUCAAAGCGCAUAACAGCCAACAGGGUCUCCAAAAUCAAAUGUUUGGUGUCUUCAUGUUAUUCACUAUCUUCGGCAACUUGGUCCAGCAAAUCAUGCCUCACUUCGUGACGCAGCGUGCCCUAUACGAAGUACGUGAGCGACCUUCGAAGGCUUAUUCAUGGAAGGCCUUUAUGAUCGCGAACAUCGUCGUUGAGAUCCCGUGGAACACUCUCAUGGCUGUCAUUGUGUACUUCUGCUGGUAUUACCCAAUUGGUCUCUACCGGAACGCAGAGCCCACGAACGCUGUUCACGAACGAGGGGCAUUGAUGUUCCUUUUCGUCUGGACCUUCCUUCUCUUCUCAUGCACGUUUUCGCAUGUGUGCAUUGCAGGAAUUGAGCUAGCGGAAACUGGUGGUAACAUUGCCCAGCUGCUCUUUACCCUUUGCCUGAUUUUCUGCGGUGUUCUCGCCCAACCAAAUUCUAUGCCGGGUUUCUGGAUUUUCAUGUACCGAGUCUCUCCAUUUACCUAUCUUGUAGGUGGCAUGCUUCCUGCCGGCGUCGCAAACGCGGCAGUUUCCUGCGAGGACUACGAAUUAUUGCAGCUAGUUCCACCGCCAGGCGAGACUUGUGACAGCUAUCUGAAAGAUUACUUCAACAGCAUGACCGCCCUCGUUGGUGAUCCUGGCACACUGUUGCCCCCUCCGCAUGGAACUACGAAUUCAAAUGGGACUUGCUUCUACUGCCCUAUGUCAAAAACCAACACGUACUUGUCGAUGCUCCAGAUUUCUUACUCGGAUGCCUGGCGCAAUUUCGGUAUCAUGUGGGUAUACCUGGCCUUCAAUGUUGCCGGGGCUGUCUUUAUCUACUGGCUUGCUCGCGUUCCCAAGGGCAAAAAUGUCAAGGGAACAACCUAAAAAGCAAAUACGGUCUUUUCUUUGUAUCACAUUCUUUUCAAAUGCAGUGUUUGUCUGUCUUUAUUAUCUCCUAUGUCGUUUUCCGACUAACCCUUGUCUGAAACUGCACUUAACACAUACCCUACAUAUUACAUGUCUCGUCACCUCUCGUUUAUUCGUCAAUGUUGUCGGGUACGACAUGGGUAAAAAGACAGGGAGACUCUGAUCUUUUUCCUAUUUUAUUUUAUUUUAUUUUUUAUUUUUUCUUCCCAUUCUUUCUUUCUAUCCCCCGUUUUGAUUUUCCUUUUUCCCUUUUUCUAUAUUUUCUUCUUGACUUAUCUUAUUUUGCCUAUUUUCUUAAGGUAUGGGGCAAUAAUACUGAUAACUAGGUCUGCAAUCCUAAUAGAUCACAAUAGACCUGUGUACUGAUUGAUUA